AUAUUUCCUCAUGUCCCGAAUAUGUAGUUUGGCCUGAAGAUAAGCGCACUAAUUUCUGAGAAAAUGAAGCACAUUAGUACACUUGUCGUUCAAUGUUAACUCUAUGCUUUUGUCUUUACUAGAUUUACUUGGUCUUUCUUAAUGUAAAUUUGCACAUGUUUCACUGUGUGUAAUGUCCCACUCAAUUUAUUCUCAGUGAUGGAUGCGGAUGGAGGGGUGAGGGUUGUUGGGAGAGGGGACAACUUGUGGUCUGAUGCUCCAUAGUGGACCAUAUGUACACAGAGCUGGUUUUAUGCCCAGUUCUAUGCCCAUUAACACCAGCUGACCCUCGAACCCUACCAAGUAAACGUGUUGGUUUAUGAUUCUCAUAUCCAUAUCCUGCGCUUUAUUUCAUAUAAUUUAUUUUAAUUUGUUCCUCUGGUUGAAAAAACAUGUUUUUGUUUUGCUUUUUAAAAAAUCAUAUCUGCUUUUGCUAUCUUUUAUAUCUGUCUUCACCCAUUUUCUGUCAAAAGCCCGACUCGUCAAAAAGUCUCUUCUCUGACUAUAUGCCGGCGGGAGAUGACAGCACAGAUACUGGUGCACCAAGGGACGUUAACGCAGCAGUUACUGGAGUGGCUGCAAGCCAGCACUGCGUGCCACUGCGCAGCUUAACGGAGACUGGCCUGCUUGUAAGCAGCGAGGAAGGCACUGUGGAUGCUUGGCAUCAUGAAGCUCAGCCAUGUGUUCGGGAGCAAGAAACUGCAGGAAGCUGUGCUGACCACUCAGAUAAGAGCCUUGAGGACCCUGUGUAUCAGGCGGAGGAAGAGGAGCAGGGUUCAGUCAUUGCAGAGAAUUGGCAGGAGAACCCAUUAGACCAACAGGUAGACAUUAAAGUAACGGAGAGCAGGAUUUGGCAGACAGAUCCGUGCGUAGAGCAAGAGCAUGCCGCUGAAUUCUGCAUUAAUCAGCAGACAUCCUUGUCUCCUAUUAUACCCCUAGAUAUAGAAAUGGGUCAAGGGGGAAGUGUGAGCCAGUUGGAACCGAGAGAUAAUGAAUACAGGUCCGAACAGAGUGAUUCACUGGAUCAGCCAGGACAUGAGGCAGUGGAGGUUGCAUGUGAGGUUCAUGAGGCCAAAACAAACACUAGUGAAGACUCUGGGAGAAAUGAUGAAGAGUUGAAAUUCAGUGAAAGGCUUCAGAGCACCAAAAGCUACCAAAAUGACCAGACAGCUGAUCAUUGUCCAGAAGCUAACAUUCCACUUAACCAUAUAAUAGAUAACAGUCCAGAUAUGAUAGAGGAUCAAGACAUUCCUUUGACAUGUGCAGGCGAGGCUACUCCCAGUUGCCAGGAAAUAGAGGGAAUUGAUUGCAGGAGUGAAGGGGACCAAAUGUUUGCCUUUCAAGGUGACAUCUUUGUUGUGAGCCCUGAGGAAAUAGGCAGCACAGUGGAGUCUGAGGAUAUGGGGAGCCAGCCUGCACUAACUAGCACAAGCGACACAGCAUCAGAUAAUGCAACCAGCACAGAAAGAGGAGCUGAUCAAGCAGGUGAAGUCCAUACUGAACUCCCAAUUGUGAAUCAAGCAGACACAUGCCACCAAACGACUGACAACACAAUUCCCCCUGAAAGCCCUAGGUCAGAGCCCAGGAGGAGGGAAAGGCAGGAGAUAUGGCCAGAGAACUGGGAGCCUAUUGUUAGCAGCAGCAAGUGGGGUUUUGCAAGCCUGGCAGAAGACCAGACCCAAGGAUUUGUUUUUUGGCCACUAUCUCAAGAAAAGCAAGGGGAGAUUGGUGAGCCGAGCGGAGAUGGAAAAGUAGACUUUUGGAAAGAAUGUGAUCAGAUUGAGAGUGUUCAUCACACAUCUGAUGGUACAGGGGCUGGAAGCGUGCUGGGUGCUUCUGAUCAGAGUGAGGCAGCACAGAACUUGUGUGGGGACGCUGAAAGCUCUGGUGAUGGAGUUCAAGCUAAAGAUACACAUACCCCCCAAUUGGCCGACCCAGUCAAGACUUUAAGCAUCGCCAGCUACGAGAGUUCAUCCGGCCCAAAAGAUAAUGAAACAAACAUCUUGGAUCUGUCGGAAGAUGAGAGUGCAAACCGGAGAUAUGGACUGUUAUACCAGGAACUAGAUGCUGAAAGAGAAGAGGUACCGUGUCAAGUGUUUAGCGUAGAAAAAAUACUAGGAAUGACUAAAUUUGACUGUAAAUACCAGCUAUAGCCCCAUUAUUAUCCUUGUUUCUGUCUUUCCUUCAACUGCCUGCUGUUGUGUUAUUCCUCCACAGGGCAUGUCAUAAUUAAUGGCCAAUGUAAUAGCUGUUGUGUAAAAAAGUGAUUUCCCAGGUGAUUUAGAAA